CAGCGCGAGCGGGCAGAGCAGAAGGAGGGCGGCGGAGAUGGAGCGGCCGUGAGGAGGGGGAAAGCGCGCGCGCGCCCACCCACCCUCGCCAUCCCGGUCAGGCGGCGGCGACUUUCGUCAGGCGGCCAUGGAGACUGUGCAGCUGCGCCACCCGCGCCGGCAGCUAAGGAAAUUAGAUGAAGAUAGCCUGACGAAACAACCCGAAGAAGUAUUCGAUGUGCUAGAAAAACUCGGAGAAGGGUCCUAUGGCAGCGUUUUCAAAGCUAUCCAUAAAGAAACAGGCCAGGUUGUUGCAAUUAAGCAAGUUCCCGUUGAAUCUGACUUGCAGGAGAUCAUUAAAGAGAUAUCCAUAAUGCAACAAUGUGAUAGUCCUCAUGUAGUCAAAUACUAUGGCAGCUAUUUUAAGAACACGGACCUCUGGAUUGUCAUGGAAUAUUGCGGUGCCGGAUCUGUGUCUGAUAUUAUUCGACUGCGAAAUAAAACGUUGAUGGAAGAUGAAAUCGCUACAAUAAUACAAUCAACACUCAAAGGGCUGGAAUACCUCCAUUUCAUGAGGAAAAUACACCGUGACAUCAAAGCUGGCAAUAUACUACUCAAUACAGAAGGGCAUGCUAAACUUGCGGAUUUUGGGGUAGCAGGCCAACUCACAGACACCAUGGCAAAAAGGAACACUGUGAUAGGAACUCCUUUUUGGAUGGCACCUGAAGUGAUCCAAGAAAUCGGAUACAAUUGUCUAGCGGACAUCUGGUCUCUGGGCAUUACUGCCAUUGAAAUGGCGGAAGGAAAACCACCAUAUGCCGAUAUUCACCCGAUGCGGGCAAUUUUCAUGAUUCCAACGAAUCCACCUCCAACAUUCCGGAAGCCGGAAGUCUGGUCAGACGAAUUCACAGACUUUGUAAAGCAGUGUCUUGUGAAGUGUCCAGAAAAAAGAGCCACUGCCACACAGCUGCUUCAGCAUCCAUUUGUAAAAAAUGCCAAAGGAGUUUUCAUCCUACGAGACCUGAUUAAUGAAGCAAUGGAUAUUAAACUGAAAAUUCAGGAAGCUCAACAGCGUGAGAUGUAUCAUGAUGAUGAAGAAAAUUCAGAAGAAGAUGAAACUGAUUCUAGGACCAUGGUGCGGGCACAGGGACAACAGACUGGUACAAUCAGAGCUGCUUGUGGAACAAGUGAUGAUACCAUGAUAGAAUACAAUGACACCUUAGAGUCACAACUGGGAACAAUGGUCAUAAAUGCUGAAGAUGAAGACGAUGAGAGUACAAUGAAGAGAAGGGAUGAAACAAUGGAGUCUGUCAGACCAUCUUUCCUUGAUUAUUUUGAGCAAAAAGAAAAAGAGAAUCGGAGAAACAACUAUGGAAGGAAUGUACCAGAAAGAUAUUCCUCCGAUUGGAGAGUUCCUCAGGAUGGUGAUUAUGAAUUCCUGAGAAACUGGACUGUUGAAGAACUUCAAAGAAGACUCGGGGCACUUGACCCCAUGAUGGAGCAGGAGAUAGAAGAAGUUCGCCAAAGGUAUCAGUCGAAACGGCAGCCUAUUCUUGAUGCCAUUGAAGCAAAGAAGAGACGCCAGCAGAACUUCUAAGGAAAGCCUGCCAGUAGAAUCCAUCAUCCCUAACAAUAAACUGUGUUUCUAUGACUACUGUGUAGGUGGAUUUCUAUUUUAAAUGGUCCGGUUUUCACAUGACACUAGGCCAAACCAUAGCUUAGCAUGAACAAAUUCCCAGAGAGGAGAUGGUGGCUGUGUUCCUACUCUGGUCAAUCUGCUGGGCUGCACCGAGCAAAGCCAUGAUUUGUCCUCUGAACCCAGUCUUGUGAUUUAGCUCUCACAGACAAACCACAUGCUAUAACCAAGGUUUGUCCUAUGAUUUGGAGAGAGCUAAGCCAUGAGCCCAGGUUCAGAGGACGCACUAAAUCAAAUCGCAGCUUAACUCAAUGCAGUGCAACAGCAACAUGACCAGGGAGGAGCAAAAUGCCUGCUUUGUGUUAAGCCAUGGCCUGGCCUAGCGUUGUGUGCAAACGAUGGCAAUGUGUUAGCAAAGCAAGCCAGUGGCUGCUUCCUCCACUUACUGUAGCACCUUUUCAAACUCAGGAAUGCCAUUAUGUGAGUCCUCAUGAACAGAUUAUGCUUGUGUUUCAGUGUUAGAUGUGUUCUGAAUAGAUUGCAUGUUGCUUCAGAAAAGUCCUGUUACUUUUGGAGCAUAUGGAGGAACAGUUGGAAACAGACUAAAAGAAUGUUGGUGCUCAGAUGGCCAGUUAGUCUCUCAGGCCUGUUUUCUGCCUUGUGGGUUUAUCUCAUACUAUGGUGUAAGGCUGCCUUGUUGGUUCAUGAAGAAAACAAAGUAGUUAAAACACUUGUCUUUUAUUGGAUGCACUUAGGUUGGACUGCAAGGAUGCAAACGUAUGCUUCUUUUUGUGAAACUCCUAAGUGCUUGUGAAACCAGAAACCUUGCACACUUGUCUGUUCGCCUAAUUUGGCCCAAUAAAAGAUGCAUAGCUUAACUUCCGUAUCUUCUUUAUGCAGCAACCACUUUGUAUUAAACUGCUCCCUCUUUAAACUUCCCCCUGUUACUGUUUAAUGGUACUCUGGAAAUAGGUUUUUAAAACAAAAGUGAUUCACUGGCAAAAAUAUGCAACCUGCUUCAGCGUUUGAAAAGGAAUAUAAACUCUUUUUGUCCCUUCCAAAAGCCUCUAAAAGUCCCAUGCCUUACAUUCCCCCUUUUAAAGCAUUGAAUUUCAGGCUUAUAUUUAUAUCCUUUCCACUGUUUAUGAGUGAAUGCGGAUAACGUUUGAGUGAUUUCUUGGUAUUUUUUAAAUAUAUUAAUGUGAAACCAACCCAUCACUCAAGAGAACGUGAAUCCUACUUUGUAUUUCUUCAGAAUUCCUUGCAGCAGAGGAAUGUCAAAGUACUUGCAACUCAGGAAAUUAGGAACUCUCUUGAGAUAAUGAGAGGUUUGAAAUAUUUAAGGAAUUGUGAAUGUUUAUGGGCUUUGCUAUUUUGAGCUUAAUUUGUUUGAGGCUUGCAAUAUUAGUUUUGAAUUUUAAACUAGAACGUGUUUUUCUGUUUAUUUGGAAAGGUUAAGAAUGUCAGUUAAGAUUAAAAUAACAAUCUGUUGGCUCAAAAGAAUAAUUUCAAAAUGCCCUUUUAGAAAAAGCUUGAUGUGUCAAGCUUAAUAAAGCAAUUUCAUUCAUUUCUAAGCAGCGGGAUUCCUGCUAAAAUAAAGUGUGCGAGAGUCUGAUGCUCUGUGCAGUUCUCACUUGUUGCUGUUGGAUUUGCACAAGAGAAAUUUAUGAUGGAAUGUGCCUGUGAUUAUUGGCCUCCCCAGGUUUCACAAGUAUCAGAACACAAUGACCAAGCUCUGUAAAAAGGCCUGUUGCUUCAACGUGUGAAUUAAGGGAGCACGAGAGUCUUCCAGUCCAACAGCAGCCCCACUGUGCCUCAUAAAUUGCUCCUCAGAGGGUCCCAUGACCUUCAGAGGGUGCAUAGGAAGUGGGUAGCUAAAAUGUCACAUUUGUGACUGGAAGGCGACAUGCCUGUUGCAUCCUAUGGCCGUUAAUGCUGUGCUCUAGUUGCACCGUAGGCCAUGCAUUAUUUUGCAUGUGGUGAGUGUGACCUGAAUCAAGUUUACGUUUCAUGAGCUAGUGGGGAAUGGUGAAGUCAUCCAAGCCCUUUCUGCUGCUGAAGGAAGUUUGUCAUCAUUAUAAGCAGAGCCCAAGCUCUUUUCAAAAAUAUAGGGAAGCAUUGCUGUUAAGACUACCUGCUGCAGAGCAGUAGUUUGAUUGCCAGUGUUUCUUUUUCUAACGACCUGGCCAAGGAUAUAUUAGGCUUAGCCCGGAUCAGGGAUGGGGAGCCUCUGGCCCCUCCACAUGUUGUUGUGACUCCCAACACGCAAGGACGCUGGGAGCCAGUGCCCAGGGAUGAUGGGAGUUGUAGUCCAGUAGCAGCUGGAGGGCCACAGGUUCCCCAUCACUGCCCUGGAGGGGGGGAAGCCCUACCUGCAGAUAUUAGCAAACCAGUUGUACAAGUUCAGUGACAGAAAGAGAAGUAUUAAAAUAAAUCAAAGUAAUUAUGUUCCCUGUAAAGCCAUGCUGAUCAGCUACUCUUCAAGUAUGUACAGUUUGCAACGCAAGCUAACCUUUUGAAAGACUCGUCUUUGUUAAUGGUUCUAGCAAAUAGAAAUCUGCCAUGAAAGGCUAGAAAGCCAGUCAUUUGCAAUUUAACUAUGGAGGUGCAAGCAAAGGGGUAAAGUGAGGGGAUGCUACCUGCAGCAGAAAUGUACUUCAUUUACUGCGCAAGUAAAUUUAUUUUGCACACACACCCCCAUCUACUGUUUCCUUGCUUUAAAUGCAAUUUCCGACUGUGUGAAUCAGGUGGGAGGACCUUUCUCAGUAAUCUGUGAAGCCAGAUGGCUGCUAAAGUGGGUGCCUUGUGCCUCUGGCUAUGAUGCCUACCCCACAGUAUGACACAUUCAGGUAUUUAGGUGACUAACUUGCUCUCACAUAAAGGAGAUGGUCCUUUAGCUGGGAAUCUUUACCUUUACAAUAUGUGCCAUGGUAGCAGGGAAAUACAUGUGUUUGGGAUGUCUUGUCUGCAACCAGCCAGGCUCUUAACGAGUCUCCUAAUAUUACUAUUUUUGUUGUGGAAGCAAGUGAACGAAAAGCACAGCAGUCUCAGUAACAUAGUCUUCACCUCUUCUCUCCCCCCCCCCCCCCGGCACCAUCUAAAAGAUAUGAGAAUGAAUUGCUGGAUUCCUGCUAUUGUAGUUCAGCACACCAGCAAGCCAUCUUCAGUAAAUUCAGCCUAAUCAAAGACUCCAGCUCUCAUUUUGAAUUCUUCUACAGGAAUAUAUCACUUCAUCUAUCACCCAGAUUGUAAUUUUAGGGACUUCUUCUGAAAGAAUGCUGUCCAGAGCAAAACAGUGUUUAAAGCAAGGUAUUCAUAUACUUAUGAAAUCUCAUUCUUAUGGUUGAUGGGUCCAUAAACACAGCUUGAAGCAUUCCCGAUAAGCUGCCAUCUUUUCUUCCCACCACCCUAAAUCAAAUGUUUGUUGUCGGUUCUGUGAGAGACUUAAAUGUGAAGUUAGUCGCUUUAAUGUUUUGUAAUGAAGUUAGCACAUCAUACCCAAUGUAACUUGAAAUUUCUCUUUUGUAGAGAUUUGUCUGGUUUGUACAUAUUAGAAACCUUAGUUUGUAUAUGUAUGAAAGCAACUUUUUUAUUACAUGUUCCUUUUGAGUAUGAUACAGGAAGUUCUUUGUUUUGAGUUUUAAACACCUUGCCUUAUUUGUUUAAUAGAACAAAAUAAACUGUUCCAAUAAAAAGAAGUUUGGUUUUUAUGGUUUACCAGUAAAAGAUACAGAUGUGAUCUAAGUGUAUGAUAACUGAUGUUUCCACGGAACAGGAUCUACUGGAAGAUAUUGGGAUGAUUUGCAGUACAUUUGCAGAGUUUGUUGAUUCUCAGUUGUUUAAUGAUAGGAGCAAGAGUAACAAAAUUGAUCUACUGAAAUGAGGAAAGCUUGGAAUGACCAGGGGUGAAUGUUUUUGUGAAAGGACUGUGAGUUCCAAUUAGUUCCAGUACUGAAAACAAAAUUCCUCAGUUCAAGAUAGUUUAAGGCUAAAGCUGUGUUUCUUGCACUUAUUUCUAAUUGGUAGAUUCUAAUUGGAGAUCCUGCAAGCCUUAAGUCUAUUACCACCUAGUGACUAAAAUGUGCAUUGACACUUGCCAUACAAUAUGUAUGUCUACUCAGAAGUAAGUCUCACUGACUUCAGUGAGGCCUACUCACAGAUAAGUGUGUAUCAAAAUCUAUACAGUUGUACCUUGGAUCCCGAACACUGCAAACCCGUAUUCCGGUUUGCAAAUGUUCUUUGGAACCCAAACAUCUGACACGGCUUCUUUGGCUUCUGAUUGGCUGCAGGAGUUUCCUGCAGCUAGUCAGAAGCCAUGCCUUGGUUUCCGAAUGUUUUGGAAGUCGAAUGGACUUCCAGAAUGGAUUCCAUUAGACUUCCAAGGUACCACUGUAUCUCGGUCCAUGUUCAUUACCUUAACUUCUCAAUGGAAGGCUCACUUGUGUUCCAGGAGGAUGGAUUCAAAGACUGUCAAGAAGACAUUCCAGAGCUCUUUCCCAUUUGACUUUAUUGCAGCUAGUUUGCAAGGAGCAAUUCAAGGACACUGUCAGUCAGCAUCUGAGCAGCCAGCCAGCAACUAAAUACCUCCAAAGAAAAACUGGGAAGAGAGAGAGGCAUGCUUGCAUGUUCUGGUGUGUCAGGAUGUGAAUGAGAGCAAAGCAUUUCUAGACCAAACAUCUCACCAAAACAGCCUCCAGCUUCAACUGUGCUUUGCUGAACAAAAAGACCUGCAGGCAUUUGAAGAUUGUUUUGUGCAAACUAUUGGGUUGUAGCAAUCUGCAAAAUUGGCAGGCAUUAGCCAUAUGAAUAGGGAGACCAUGCAUACAGAGGGCAGUCUUCUAUUUGAAGGGCCAUCAGAGGACAGACAUCUCCUUGAAUACAUCUUCUGGUUGAAGUGUUGCCCAUUCCAAGGCUGGUUCAAAGAUACAGAACUCUUGUAAGGAGAGAGCAGCAGGCAAGGCAGGAUUGAGGUGUUUGGGAGUUGUGGUGCAAUUCCCCAUAUAGGGUCUCCUUCUCCCAGAAGCAGAACACAUGGAAUAAGGUAUCACAAAAUAAGUCAUGUAGUGUUUUUUUAAAAAGUUACAGCAUAAUCUUUUGUGGACUAACAAAAAAUUAUUGGACCUGUAGAGGCUCAAAAAUUUCAUCGAACUUGAUUUGAAAAACCUCUUGAGCAUGUGUAGUUUCACGUUUUAAAAUCACUUUCACUUAAGUCAUUGUUUUUGCUAACUUCAUCCCUUGGGCCGGUCACCAACUCUCAGCCUGGUCUACUGCCCAUGGCUGUUGUGGAGAUAUAUAGGGAGCAAUUUGUGCUUGUAGGCAUCAAAUUUUUGUUCCUUGAACCAGUGUUGCAUUUUUGUACUAUGAAGCACCGUGUUUUAAUGUUCCCUUCUGCCCAAAUUAGCACAGCUAAUUGGCUUCAACCAAUCUUAAUCUGGCCUGUUGCACAUUCUAGAUGCAUAAAUCCUGCUUGCGUUUGAUGGUGCUUGCUCCCAAAGUAGUGUGUACAGAGGACUGAUUCCUAAGGAGCUAUUUUAGGCCAGUAACCACUGGGGAUGGAAGGCUAAGGAAAGCAGGACCAGUCCUGCGCCCUCCUUGAAUGCUUUUGCCUGGCUGGAGACAUGCACACCCCUUUGUUUUUUUGUGUGUGGCGGUAACAUAGCUUACUAUACAAAGUUAAGAGUCACACCUGUUGCUGCAAACUCUCUUUUCCUCUGACCCCACCUACCACUGGCAUGCAUGGAAGGUUUCACCAUGAGGGAAUGAGAACUGAAAAAUACCCUUUCUUCCUAAGCUAGAUUUGCUUUUUUAAAGCCCACAGCAAUUGUGCAGAUCAAUGCUUAAUACGUUAUUGAAAAUGGAGCCAGCCAACUACAAUUUGGCUUGACUAGACUGCAAUUCAUUCUCCUAUACAUCUCUGGCUUCUGCACGAGUGCAUGGUAGGGGAAAGUGGCAGCAAGAAAAAUGACCGUGGGGGACAAGAAGCCCCGUGUCUAUCAACCCAGUGGAUCUUACUGGAGCAGAGGAGUCUUGCUUUUAAGGGUCUCUGAAAAGCGCUCUGCCUUUCUUGAACUCCGCUUGGUUUCACAGUGCAAAGCCGUAACGCAGCGCCAUGGUCCUCUAUUAAAGUGCAGCGGCCAGAAUUGCAGCUUCUGUGACUGGAAGAUGGCGUGCUAAUGGAUCUUUGGAAAGACAAUAAUGUAAAAUGUAUUAAACCCCUGCCCGCUCAGUGGCAUCAAGGAGUGAAGCAUAUAUUCUCCUUGUGGCAAGAAGGACCUAGGGCACUUAAAAGAGUGUGGAAUUAAAGUAGACAAGGUUCUAAAUAAAAACACUUAAGAUGGCAGGCGGGGAAUCCUUAAAGCAGGGAUGGAGAAGCUCUACAGAUACAGCUGGACUGUAGUUCCCAUCAUUCCUGAUCGAUGGCCAAGCUACAUGGGUGUGAUGGGAGGAGGCUUAACAGCUUCUGGAGGAACCAUCCCUGGCUUUAAAGCGUGUCUCCCUUAAGAGUUGACCUUAAGCCAGGAGUGAGUAGAGGCUGAUCUAGAGCUUCUAGACAGAAAACAUUUCAGAAUCAGUCUAGGCUCAUCCAGCUGUUGUCUCCAGGAUUCAGUUUGUACCUUUCAGCACAAGAUUUCCCAAACUUGGGUCUCCAGCUGUUUUAGGACUACAAAUCCCAUCAUCCCUAGCUAUCAGGACCAGUCAUCAAGGAUGAUGGGAAUCCAGCUGUUUUCGGACUACAGUUCCCAAGUUUGGGAAGCCCUGUGAUCUUUUGGAUGAAGGGCGGUAUGCAAAUUAAUUAAUUAUGCCAUUUCUAUGCUUGUUUCCCUCCUACACACACACACACACACACACACACACACACACACACACACACACACACACAUUGAUUGCUUGGAGAACUUAAUUGCAAAAUUCCAAUUUUGAAGGAUGGUUGUGUUUCUAUUCUUCUAUUGUUCCAGAAAGUACACAUUUGAUAGAUUUUCCUUUAAAUGCAAACUGAAUCAAAUCUCUCCUCCACCCCUAGUCCUCCCUCUCUCAUGGAUAUAUGAAGAUGCCUUAUUGACAAAAAGUGUGAGUUUUAAUGGAGAAAAGUCAGUAUUGCAGGAGAUAUGCCAGCUUCCACAUUUAAUAAGCACAGGGGGUGGGGUGGGGGGAAUUUCACUUUCAAGAAAUCAGUUCCUCUAACCAGAGGCAUUUUCUGUUCCUUUGACAGUUUCUUGGUAGGAAGUUACUUGUAUCGUGCUUUGCAGAGCCCCUGUAGGGGAUAAAGGAUAGACUGGCAUUGAUGAUUGAAUCUCCUCUGUCAAGUUAGAAUCUCCUGGACCUAUGGAUUUUAAUUCCCACAAUGCCUAAAAGGCAUCCAUUUUUAAUAACGGCAAAGAAACCGGUGCCAGAAGGGAUAUAUUUCUUAUUUGUGUUUAUUAGUAUUGAGACUUUCAUGACAGAUGCUGAAAUUGCAUUCCAUUUAAUAUCAAGAGGAGGAACGUUCUGUAACUUAAAAGAGAGCACCUUGCUUUGAGGUGAUCAGCAGAAAGCGAGCUCAUUCAUCUACCAAAUAUGAGUUUCACUGAGGGUAGACAGCUUCUGUUCUCUUCCUCAUGCCUACAAAAGUCAUACCAACACUGGGUUGCCAACUUUUCAAGGCGCCCCUGCAGCUAUGCUUUUAGAGGUGGUUUGAUCUGUGGCAACUGGAAGAGGGUUAAAUCUUAUCUUGAUGUUACUUUUAAAAACCCUUCAUUUGUUAAUUUCUACAGAUCAAAGAACUCCUAGAGGGUGUCUGGGGGUCUGGCUCCACCAACCUGUCAAAGUGGCCUUUGUGGGUAGGGGGGAGGUCAGGGUCUAAGCCACUGACUGGAUC